GUUGUCAUCAGUGUCAGUGUACUCUGGAAAACGGAAGUUAUUAUGUUUGUGACGAGAACAAAAUAAUAAUUGAUGAGAAAAGGCCGCGGAGCCCCACGAUGGCAUAUUCAGCGUCCCGCUAACGUAGUUUGACUCGGCCUACGACCAUGGUGACAAUAUAACUAGGAACAAGAUGGAUCUAUUUGUGUUCAUGUUUAUAAUAUUUAUAUCCUUUUUGGUCGGAAUUAUAGUGACCCUAGUGGUGCAGUAUUACAUUUUGUAUUCGUAUUUCCAGAAAAGCCCGUUGGUUAAACCGUCUGAGAAACAGGGCCCGACUGAUUACAGUUUACCAGAUUCCUUGAAGGAGCAGCUAGAAAACGACGAACAAAAUGGCAAGAACAACACCACGAGCUUGUCUGUUAGUCUAGUUUUACAGUUUUUAUUUCACGAAUUGCGCCAUUCUGAGGCCAUCAAGAGGUGGCUUUUUAAGAAACUUAGUCUAGAGUUUGAGGAGCUGUUAACAAAAACCACAAUAGGAAAAUUUUUUGAAGUUAUAAACAUAAGAGACAUGAAUUUAGGUAAUCAUUUUCCCAACAUCAAAAACAUAACUAUUGAAGACGUUAAACUAGACAGUAAUGAGGGCCACAUUGACACUGUGAGUUUGUGUUUAGACUUGGACUACACAGGUAAUUUUUUAUUAAGUAUUGAUGCCAAAAUGAAAUUCGGAAAAACGGCGUACCUAUCGAUCAAAGUUAAUAAAGUAAAUGGACUUGUUAGACUUCAGUUUACUAGACACCCAUACACGCAUUGGUCGUUCAGUUUUUAUAGUGAUCCAGUUAUAGAAUUAGAAGUAGAAUCGCAUUUUCAAGGACGGCAGCUACAGUCGAAUAUUACGAGUCUCAUAGUUCAUCAAAUUAAGAAAGCUAUUAGGAGAAAACACACCCUACCCAAUUAUAAAAUAAGGUACAAACCCUUUUUCAUAAAAACCGACCCUAGUCAGCUAGACAUCGAAGACAACGAAGUCAUUCCUCAAGGCCAAUUGGACGUCACGUGCAUCGACGUGACCCGACUGGAGCUCUCUAGCACCGUUCAAAACAUCUACUGCACAGUCGCCGUAGACACGAUCCCCUGGAUCUGCCUGUACGAAUCCGACGACAGAAUCCACAUGAUCCUCGAAGUAACCAUGACAAAACUGAAGCAAGCUCAACUCGGCGUGAUCUUCAAGCAGGAACGGAGCUCGGUCUCCAUCGAGAGCGUGUCCCCCCACAGCUGCGCCUUCCGCUCGGGCCUGAAAGCCGGCGACGUGGUCCUGGCCGUCGAAAACAAAUCCGUAAACAGUGUUCCUCAAGUGGCCAAAUUCAUAAAGUCGGUCACGUCCACGCACGUCACGCUUCGGGUCAAACGGGUAGUCGAGUCGUACAUUUUAAGAAAAAAACACGUAGAUAAAGCGGAGAAUAAACCUAGCACGAUUGAAGAUGUUGACGUUGCGCAAUUGGACGACAGCUUUAUAAUCGUGGACAGUGUCGAAGUGGCUAAGAAACCUAAAGAGAAAGUCGAGCCGCCGGUGGAGAAAAUCCCGAAAAGCUUGUCCAGUAGCGAAAACGUGUCGAAGUUCGCUCAGACCAUUGGUAACUUCAGUCUGCGCAAAAGGAAGACGUCGGUGUCGGAAAAGUCGGAGGUUAGUAGUAAAAGUACACCCACGUCGAGUGUGCCUGGGACACCACAACACUCCCAGUUUAAGCAACACUCCAUACCUUUACUCACUUCCGCGAAGAAGCAGUCACUGUCGGAUCUCCCCGAGUUAGUCAAAGAUGGCGAGGGUGACGUUCCGGUCGUCGAAGUUGGCAAGAGCAAGGAGGUACCUUCGACCUCGGUACUGCUUUUUAACGACGAUUUCCAGUUUAGUCUCAAACGGGGAAUAAAAUAUUUAAAUAUCAACGUCUGGGGUACAGUUGCAGAUGAUAAAGAUGUUCUAUUGGGGUACGCCAAUAUUCCGCUGAGCCACGUCUUGAGCGAGUGUUUUAAUAGCGUUUUGGGGCAUUACAUGAGGCGCUACUCCUUUUUACCCCCGGUUUUUCCACAAACCAACAGCCAAACGCACCCGCUAAUGUCCCACUCGGGUUUUGAACACGUGUUCUGCUACGGCGAUGUUCUCUUGUCUUUUAUAUGGUCGCACGAGGACGAGGUGGAGCUCAAACGGAAGAACUCCACGGACAUUUUAAACGUCGACAUAGAACAAAUAGCGACAUCAACAUCGCUUAAGCACGACUUUAUUAGAACGCAGUUCCACCGGACCACCCAUUGUGAUUUCUGUUCAAAAAAGAUUUGGCUGAAAGACGCUGUCCAGUGUCGCGAAUGUGGCCUCUGCUGCCACAAAAAGUGCAUCGCUAAGUGUCAAACGAGCACCGCUUGUAUUCAAAGUGAUAAGAAAGUCGAGCCUGAGCCCGUACAACCAGAGAUAACCAUGACUGAGCCUCCAGAGGAGGUACCCCCGUCUGAAUACACUGAAGCUAGCCUUAAGAGAGUCAAUAGUGUUAAAAAUCUCGCAAUCCCAGGUGCUCAUUUGUUGUCGAGCGUGUCGAAAAGCCUGCCGCCUUCACCCCAGAGAACACCAAGCCGCAAACAGUCUAUUAGUAACAUAAACCCGUUCUCUUUGUGCCCCAGUGCUUUAGAAGACGUGCAAAAGAAGCCUGAAGAGGCAGCUGAGAGCGUCAACAGGCUUCUGGAACAAGUGAUGUUGUGCCCCGCCGACGAGUCUCUGAUGGACGUCGCCAAAGAAACCGGGAGGCAGCUGUAUGUAACUAUGUCGCACGAAGAAAAAGUGGAAAAAGUUAAUAUAAUGAUGGCGGAGCUGAAGAAGACUCUGGAUUCGGUGACGACGGAGCACAUGGAGCUGUCGAAGCAAAUGAGUGUCCAGGAAUCCGACGCCGAGAAGACUAAAUUAGCUUUUUUAAUAGGACAGGCCGACGCCAAAGUGCAAGGUUUAUCAGUAUUGAUGCUUCAUUAUUGUUCGAGUUUGCAACAUACACAAGAAAAAAUUGUGUAGGUUGUUGGUAGCAGUAUUUUAAUUAGGUUCGCACAAGGUUUUGUUAGUGGGCUGAAGGGGUUUUAGUUGAUUUUGCACACUUAAUAGGGUUCUUUUGUUCACCAAAGACGUCAUAUCAAGUUAUUCAAGUUACCGCGAUCCGACUUCUUCGGCCCGUUUUACUUUUAUUGAUUUAAGUACCGUGAGGGAGUUACACGUGAUUUUCUGGUAGACACUUAAGUAAGGUUAGCUCAGGUCGGCUCCUUCACUUGGCAGUAUUUCGUUGGUUCUAGUUGAAUUUUUAUUCUCUAGUCAAUUACUUUAUGUACUUACAACUUCUAUAGCGUCUUAUGUACUUACCGGUAGUAGGUUUGUUAAGUUCUAGACAUAUACAUAUUCAACUAUACUUACUGUGAUAGCGUAGAAGUAGUGAUAUUUUUAUUUCAUUUUUUAGAAGUUGGUGUAAAAUGUACCAAGCAAAGCUGUCGUUGUCUGACCGGUUCUUAAUAACCCCAUGUAACAAAGAAGACACGAAAACGCUUUAAACUUGCAAUUAGUACUUUACUUGUUUUAUCGGUUGUGGUUUUAUUCCAGCGAACAAUUUAGAUGCAUUUAAUAUUUUUUAGCCAUAUUUUUGUACGAGACGUCCAUUUUGGUCUUUCAAGUCACUCUAAUCAUUUCGAGUACCGUCUACCAGCAAUUUUAUUAUUGUGACAUUAUUUUUGUGGAUUGUGUUAGGUAUGUGACAUAUUUUUGUAAAAAUAAAUUAGCUUG